GUCAUUCGGGGGAUUUUGCGUGAAGGGCGUGGUGAUGUGUGUCUGCGUGCGGUCUGCGGUCCACCGCCAAAUUCAAACAGUAGAAGAAAGAAACAACAGCAAGAGGCAGCUGAAGUAGUCGAAUCUCACAACUGGUACUUUCAGGUAAGCUCAGUCAGCAUGGCGUCUUCAGUGAUGGAUGGAGUAGGUAAAGCUGUGGUGGGAGUGUGGCGGGCACAUACAGUCUUGGAUGAGUCGGACGGUGCAGAGAGCUCCCCAGAAGCCCCCGACCGUUUCCGCAAGCUUCGCUCUUCGUCUUCACUUAACUCUCUGCGAAUGUCUUUGCGCAAGCGGCUCCCGCUACGUUCGGUCCAGACCAACUCUCUCCCAGAAAAUCCAACAUGGGAGACCCAGAAGGAACAGCCAAAGCCCAACACAGUCCGCAAACUUACCCGCAGUGCUCGGAACUCCAUUACUGGAGUAUAUCAGAGGCUGCAGAGGACCAGAGAGUUUGCGCGUGAGGAGUGUUUGGUAGCGACCCCGGGUCAGACAUGUGAUGGGGAAGAAGCUGGCACAUCAACUUCUCGCACCCCAAGACGUACGCCUAGCCGGGCUGCGACUCCCAGACGCACCCCCAGAUCAGCAGUCACACCUGGACGUACCCCAGGCUCUAGGGGAAGGAGGACUCCUGAUGCUGGCGUCCGAGGGGUGAAAACAGGAGGAGGCAGGCGGCAGCUUGUCCGCAUGGCUGCAUUACGAAGUCCCUUUGCCUCCCCCAACACACAGAACCAGAGGCUAAAGUUUGACCAAGAUUUGGAGUCGGUGUCCAGUGGAAUCAGGAGGCUCAAACAUCUGUCCAAGGCCUUUGAUAAUAUUAUUGGCAGAGACAACGGGACAAGCACAAGGGAACAUUCUGGAGGAGCAGUGAUGAGAAAGUUGGACCCCAGCGGUAAACUCAGUCGCUCAAACCUCACGCAUCGAGCCACAAACCUCUCAAACACACUGGGAAGUUGGGCCCACACAGCUGUGAACACUGUUCGCAAACCCAACUGAACUACAUGCAUGUCUGUAUGUAAAACACGGGACCUUUUUGUAGCCAUGUUUCACAUUUAGCAUUAUUGAGGUAUCACUGUUACAUUUACAUGUAGUGUUGUCAUGAUACUGGGAGACUGUUACAUGGCAGCUUGCCACCUUUUUUAUUUACUGUAUGUUGUGUGUAGUUGGCAAGAUUCAAGUAAUCUUUGUGUGUUUACAUCUCAGGUUAGCUGGUUAUUGGUAAUAUAUCCUCAUUGUAGCUACCAAAGGGAUUUCUGUAUUGUGGUGUUAUGUACUUGUCAUAGCUGCUACAACCAAAUGUCUUAGUUUUUUUCAUUUACAUUUUCAAGAUACUAAUAUUGUAGUUUGUAUUGUCACUUUCAGCAUAGAAACCUUUUGCGUGUUUCUAAUAUUUACUUUAAAAGAAAUGCUGCACAAGACCAAAAUUGUAUCUGCAGAACUAACACUAAAGUUAUUGACAAAGGGGGGAUGCAUUUUUCUUCUACUUUAUAUGUAUGCAAUAAUGUAACAAAAAAUUGUUUUACUGUUUUUUUUUUUUAUGACAUUUGAUUAUGUACAACUUGUAAACUGUAUUUUCCAUUAAGGGGACUUUUUUAUAUACACGAUGUUCCAAAUUAUUAUGCAAAUGAUAUUUUACGCAGAUUUUCCUAAAUGGUUGAUGCAAAUGAGAUAUAUAGACAGACAGACAGAUAU